GAGUGAUCGGUGUCGUAGAGCCCCCCGAGUGUGUGCGAGUGUGUGUGUACACUGUGGGGUAGCGACCGUAGGAUGAGCUGCCCUGGAGCCAUCGCAGUCUGUGGGGACUGACACACACCGCUGCAAAUACGGCAGUCGAUGCAGUCUUCCAGAGGCUCUCCCUCCCCGUGGCUGAGAAACCAGCAGCAGCAGCACCAACAUGUCCCGCGUCUCCUCCACCGCCAAGCGCUACACUGGCUCCUCCUACGCCAGCCACUACAGCUCAUCCCUGACCCCGGGCCUUAGCUCCUACGGCGAACGGGACAGGCUGUCGUCCUACAAGUCCCCCACUUCCUCCUCUUCCUCAGGUUACUCCUCCUCCAGCUAUCUGAGCAGCUCGGCCACCCGCAGCCGCAACUACAGCACCUCCUCGGACCCGGACCGUGACCGGGGCCGAACCAUCCCACGUGCCGACAUCCUUGGCAGCAGCAGCAGCCGCCGGAGUGAGAGCCUCAGCCGAACGCCCAUCAAAAGCUACGGGGGGUCGGGGCUGAGCGGCGGGGGGUCGUCCUACAUCGGCUACAGUUCCUACUGUCCGUCCUCGGCCCAGUCCAGCUACCUCUCCUCUUCACCGGUGGCCUCCAGCAUCUCUCUCAGUCGACGAAAAUCUGUAUCCCAGAGUGACUUAAGCAGGGACCUGGCCUCUCUGGGCCUCAGCAACACCUCUGCUUCCUCUACCCCAUCUUCUUCCACCAGUGCCCUGCGGAGCUAUCGCAGUCGGGCCAGCGAUGUGGCCGACUCAUACAGUACCAGCUCCCGCCCGAGCUACUCAGGCCUGUCACGGAGCUCGACUCAGGAGGCCCUCUCGCGGAGCUCCACCAAGGAAGCCUUCAGCAGCAGCAGCAGCAGCAGCAGCAGCAGCAGAGCGUACAGCUCUUCGACCUGGGAGCCGAGCAGUAACGGGCUAUACGACUCCCCCACCAGGGACUCCACGAACUCAAAGAGCGCCCAGGGUCUGGUCGGACUGAAGAACCUGGGAAACACUUGUUUCAUGAACAGUAUCCUGCAGUGUCUCAGCAACACACACAGCCUGCGAGACUACUGCCUGCACAACUCGCACCGCAGAGACCUUAACAACAACAGCCGCACCAACACAGCCCUCAUGGAAGAAUUUGCCAAGCUGAUGCAGACCAUGUGGACGUCAUCCAGCAGCGAGGCGGUCAGCCCGUCUGAAUUCAAAACUCAGAUCCAGAGAUACGCUCCUAGAUUCGUUGGAUACAACCAACAGGACGCUCAGGAGUUUCUGCGUUUCCUCCUGGACGGCCUGCACAACGAGGUCAACAGGGUCACCGUCAGGCCAAGAGGCACUGUGGAGGACUUCGACCACCUGGCGGACGAGGAGAAAGGGAAGAAGAUGUGGAGUAAAUACCUGGAAAGAGAAGACAGUAAAAUAGUCGACCUUUUCGUAGGGCAGCUCAAGAGCUCUCUGACCUGCAGCCACUGUGGCUUCUGCUCCACUGUCUUCGACCCCUUCUGGGAUCUGUCUCUACCUAUCGCCAAGAAGGGCUACGGUGAGGUGAGUCUGAUGGACUGCAUGCGGCUCUUCACCAAAGAAGAUGUUCUGGAUGGGGAUGAGAAGCCAACGUGUUACAGGUGUAAAGCGAGGAGAAGAUGCACUAAGAAGUUCACAGUACAGAAGUUCCCCAAGAUCUUAGUGCUGCACCUGAAACGCUUCUCUGAGGCACGAAGAACCAGCAAACUGUCCACCUUUGUUAACUUCCCCAUGAAGGAUCUUGACCUGCGGGAGUUUGCCUCUGGAAGCAGCAUAAAUGCAGUGUACAACCUGUACGCAGUGUCCAACCACUCAGGCACCACUAUGGGCGGUCACUACACAGCCUACUGUCGCAAUCCCAACUCGGGAGAAUGGUACACCUUUAAUGACUCCAGAGUAACGCCAAUGUCCUCCAGCCAAGUGCGCAGCAGCGACGCCUACGUCCUGUUCUACGAGCUGGCUUCCUCCUCGCGCAUGUGAAGCCUCCUGGAGGACAGCGGGCCACAGCACCACUCUUGACAGACGGACGGACGGACGGAUGGGUGGAUGGAUAGAAAAAGAGAAUGUUGGUGGAGCCUGGCCUAUUUUGGACUUGUACUCGGACAUAUAUCACACACACACAUGAAGGCUCACACCCCCCACCAGCCUGGAGCCUACUUCUGUCAGAAGAGGGAGUUAGAGAGGGGAACACUCUGGAAACUACAGGAACCUGAUGAAACCAGCCCUGCUUUCUCUCUCUCCCUCCUUCUCUCUCUUUUUCUCUCUGUCUUUAUUCGUUGUCUCGCUCACUCUUGGCGGAGGUGUGUGUUUACUAUGUGUGUGAGUGUGUGCGUGAGGCUGACACAGGGCAAUAAAAUCCCAUCUGACCGACCAACCGGUGAAUCCGUCCCCAUCUCAGAAGUCCCUCUCUAUGCACUGCAAACCGAACUCUCAUCCUGACUGCGCCUUCGUUUUUUCUUCGUUUGCCUCGAACCAUUAAACUGACUUGUUGCAAUUUUUUGACUUUUUUUCUGCUUUGAAUUUAUGUUGUUUUUAUGUUUUUUCUUUUUUUUUGUGGGCUGGGGAGGUUAUUACCCUAGCACCAUGAGUAUCAUCAUCACCCCCUUUUUGGACUGUGGAUAAACUGUGCUUAGUGUGAGUGUAACAGGACUGCUCAUGGUUACAUGGAGCUCACAGCCCACCGGCCCACCCAGUUUUCCCUUCCACCACACCAUUAACACUCCCACGUCUCUGUUUGCAUUUUCUUCACUUUUUCUUUCUUUCAAAGUGGUCGGGAGGCCGGUGGCACUGUGAGCGUUACACACGUCUCAGAGGACGAACCUCUAACUUCUGUUUAAUUUAAUUUUUUGUCCCCCCUCCCUCCCCAUGUGUGGCUGCUACUGAUGUUUUAAAAGUGCUGUGAAUGAAUGAAUGGACAGUCCGGUUCGGAUCUGCUAAGGAUUUAACAAUAUAGACGAUAAUAACAGUAACAAUCCUCAUUCGUCACGUAUGAGGUCUUUUCUUCCUCUCUUGUUUCAUGCCAUUGAACAACACGUAUGAAAGAAUGUUUUAAAGAAGAAAAAAAAACACUAUAUCUGUAUAUUUUUAUAUCCUGAUGAGUCACACUUUUUAACAGUGGCAGUCAAACACAUGAGUAAAUAUAUAUAAAUAUAUAUAUGAAUAAAAGUCAACAAAACAGUG